UGCGGCACUAAAUCAACAAAAAGAAAACACAUCGCCUCUCCGUAUUGACGUUUCCAUAAAACUUUAUUUAAAACAGGAAGUGAGAAGACCAUACACACAUGAGGAGAGGAUGAAACCCUGACUAGUGCAUUGCUGGAUGUUAAAGAAUGAGAAAAGCUGGGUAGCUGACGUAUGAAGGUAGACAGACUGUUUCUUCCAGUUCUAAGCUGUUGUGGGGGAAUCAAGAAAAAGAGAGGAUCACUGAUGCAACAUCACAUGACUUCAUCACAUUCAGUUCUGUAUCUAUAAAUCAAGGGAAGUACCACAAUGCAGAGGCGACAACGAGGAGCAAAUGCUGGGCUUCUAUUGUUGUUUGCCCAGAUAUAUCAGUUUGGGUUUAAUAACAUCCCUCCUGUGACUUUAGCCCUGCUGGGACUUAAUAUUUAUCUUUUCUUAAACCCUAUAAAAUCUCUGCUUUAUGUUUGUAUCAGCGUACAUAAUGGCUACUAUCACAGAGACUGGGAACGUUUUCUUUUCUCACCUUUCCACCAUGCUGAUGACUGGCAUCUAUAUUUUAAUAUGGUGUCACUCUUAUGGAAGGGAACGAAGCUGGAGCAGAGGCUGGGGAGUGUGUCAUUUGCUGUAAUAAUUGCAGCCUUCUCACAACUGAUUGGCGUGGUUUAUGUUCUGAUUCAGUUUCUCCUGGCUGAAUGUCUGCAUGAUCCAACUUAUAAUAUGCAGUGUGCUGUGGGAUUCUCUGGGGUACUUUUUGCUUUAAAAGUUCUGAAUACUCAUUAUCACCCUGGAGGCUCAACCAGCUUAUUUGGUUUGCAGGUUCCUAACAAGUAUGCUUGCUGGGCUGAGUUAGUAGCAAUUCAUUUACUAUCUCCAGGCACAUCCUUUGUUGGCCACCUUUCUGGUAUAUUGGUUGGCUUGUUAUACACACUUGGACCCCUACAGUGGAUUCUGAAUGGUGCAGGAUCCCUUUUUACUGCACGCAAUCAACCCGGACCUCAAAGAUUCAACAAUUCUGGGUAUGCUAGAUAUCCACAGUAUGAGUACCAAAGAAACCGCUCAGAGGAACCCUAUAAUAUGUACACAGGAGGGCUCAAUGAAGAUGAACAGCUGCAACAAGCCUUGCAGGAGAGUCUUAAUGAAACCGGACAUAGGGGAACGUCUCAUCAACCAACUUUGGACGAACUCAGAAGACGAAGAUUAAACAGAUUCUAAGAAAUGCCCAAAUUGUGUCUUAAAUACUUUUUAAAGCCAAUGUUUAUUAAUGUGUUCAAUAUUUACUAUGUUCUAUUGCCUUUCACAUGACACCAACUGAGAUUGCACCACCAACAGAGCAUCGAGCGAACAGUGUGUACAGACAUUGAGGAGACCAUAUUUCUGUAAUGUCCAUCUAUCAGGAAGCUGAUCCUGUUGUCUUUAUUUACCUAUCCUAAUACAAGUUCUUUCCAAAUUACACCAACUGUCCAGUAUGUGGCCUGGUGGCUGGCAGCAGACAAUGCUGUAAUUUUCCAGCACUGCUAGAGGGCCAUAGAAAAUCUCUUUCUUAUUGUCAGGCUUCGUGCACACCGGAUAUAAAACAAUGCCUCUUUUUCUUUUUUUUCCAGCAUGUAAAAGUACCUCUGUUGGUAAAUGAGGUUGAUUUACUAAAGGCAAAUAUACUGUGCACUGCAAUUGCACUGCGUGUGUGCUGCAAGUUCAGUUGCUCUAGACCUGAGGGGAAGCAAUGCUGAUUUUUCUAUCCUCCAAUCAUGUGCCAGCAAAAAUGCUGUUUUUUUUAUUUUUCCUUGCAUGUGAUUGAGUAUUCUUUGCAAAGUGAAGCUUCUUCUCAUUUACUAAGCUCUGGAGCAAGUGCACAGUAUUUGCCUAGUAAAUCAACCCCAAUGUGUCCAUGCACAUAUAUGUGAUUACAGGCGUAUUAGAAGAGGAGCAUUUACAGGCUGGGGAAAAAAACAUCAAACGCUAAUUCAGAAGUGCUAAAGAGGAACAAAAAAUGCUGAUUAUGCCUAAAAAUGAAUAUUUUGGCUAAUGGGAUCCAUUAACACGCACACUUGACACACCUAAACACGUGUCAAUACGUGGUUUUAGGCGUGUUUUGUUUUUUUAAGCAGCUUUUCUACUGCUAAGACAAAAUGGGUUCAGAUGGGCUAAACCAGGGGCGCUCAACCCAUGGCUUGCGGAGCCUCCUGAUCUUGCCCUCGACCUCAAUUCAGGGAAGUACAUGCCCAGGGUCGGCAACUACUUGAUCAUGAUCUGGGAUUGCUGACCCGACAUCCCAGAGCAUCAGAGUGCAUCGAGCUGGCACCGGCAGCAGAGGAGGCAGGCAGCCGUGCAGGGAGCAGGAGCCACAUAAGCUGAUGCUUCCUCUGUAGCGCUGGCUCCUGUCCCAGGUGGACUGAUACCAAGUGUACUUCGCCUGGGACCUUUUUAGCAGCCUGGAAAUUUUAGAGCUAUGCCUGCAGAAGCUGGAAGAGGAAAAGGUCAGUGUAUUAAAUAACACAUACGCUGCGCCUUUGCAAUGGGCAUAUUGGCGCCUAUAAAAGAGUUAACUACUAGGAUUUUUUUUACACUGAUGAGCACAGUGCACCUGCCGCUAUCCUGUGGUUGGCUACUCUUUGCCAUAUACUUUUAUUAUAUCAUUCGGGUUUGGUGCGCUUUCUGAAAGUGCACCAAAACUCCUGAAUACAGGAGUUUUGAUGUGCUUUCACAAUGUGCACCACAGUCGCAAGAUAUAAUAGAAGUCUAUGGCAAAGCGUAGCUAAGCUGCAGGUGCACUGGGCUCCACCUACAGGUGCUGGUAAACCGGAGAGCAUCAGUGUCAAAGCAGCUUUAUAGGGGGGGGGCUUAGGACAGUAAGGUAAAUUUAACA